AUGCAGCGCCUCUCCUUAAUUUCCGUCUCUCUUGCCCUCGCUAUCUCAACCUCUGCCCUCCCGGGCAAGAAACAUGUCCACAAACUUGCAGUGGCUAACACCGCUGCUUCUACGCCUACUUCUGCGCAAACUACUCCUUAUGCUGGCCCCACCCCCGCCGCCGUGUACCAGAGUGGCUCGACUGGCUUUGUUGCCGAUGUCUUGACUCAACAUAACGAUGCCAGAGCUCGGUAUGGAGCGAGUCCUCUCACCUGGAGUGCUGCACUCUAUCCCGAUAUUCAAGCCUAUGCCAACAAAUGCGUGUUCCAGCAUAGUGGCGGCGACUAUUCUGAGAAUUUGUACGUAGGCGGGCCCCGCUCAGUAGAGUCUUACCCCAUUAUGGAUGCCGUAAAUAUGUGGAUGGGCGAAGCUUACAACAACCCCCAGUUUACCGAAGACAACGGCCAUUUUAUUAAUAUUGUGUACAAGAGUGAGACUCAGGUCGCAUGCGCUGUUGGUGUCUGCGCCGCUGGUACUAUUUACCCCGACGUAGAGUCUCAAAAUGUCGUUUGUCGGUACACAGGGGACAACGGCAAUGGGCUCGGUUGUGAUGCGACUAUCGCUCCUUCACGCAAGGAGACGCUACAACAUUCUGGCCUGGUGCUCUAG